AUGGUAUCAUGGAAAGAUGGCCAGGAAAAAAAAUUAAGGCUCUCGCUCUUCUUUGCAGAUCAUUAUCGCAAUAUUGCAGACAAGUAUGACUACUUCUACAAAGAAGCUCACCAAGGUUACAUUCCCAUCCUAAUGAAAUGUUUGGACGUAAAGCCAGAGCACGUGGUCGCUGACAUUGGCAGUGGAACGGGUGCCAUUGCCAAAGAUCUCUUUGAAUUGUCAGGUCUUCACAAUCCUAUUUGGUGUGUUGACCCCAGUGUGGAAAUGCAAGAAGUUGCUCGACAAAAGAAAGGGGUUUACCCGGUUGUGAAAACUGCCGAAGAAUUUUUUUCGAACCCGCAAAUUAGCGAUAGAUUUGACAGAGUGCUAACUAAUGUAAGUGCACAUCAUUUUGUAAACCCCGAUGCUCCCGGUGCUGUUUAUAAGGGAAUUCUUCGAAGUCUUCGACCUGGUGGUAUUUUUGUGCAGGUAAACGUCCUUAAGCACAGUCCUCCGUUAUUCAAAAGUGCAAACAAAUUAAUGAGCCAAUUUUAUGAGCGAGAGAGGGAAAUCUCAUCUCUGUUGCUACGGGAAGUCGGUUUAAAUGCAAACGUAUCACAGCAAGAGGUCUUCUUUUCAUGGGGGGUGACAAAAUCCAAGUUGUACGAAUGUUAUCGAUGCCGCUUUUUCAGUUUCUUUCAGCAUUUAAGCGACGAUCAAAUUGAAGAAGGAAUAACCGAAUUGGAGAAUGAACAUUAUCAAAAUGUAAAAGAGGAUGAUCUCAUCAACUACGAGAGUACUGUGCUUGUGACAAGGGUGGAGAAAGUGGCUUGA